AACACAUCCGUCGUCCCCAUCCAGCGCCAUGUCCCAGAAGCAGUGCGCCGUGUGCAACUCGAGCCUGUCCAAAUACAAGUGCUCCGUCUGCCUGAUUCCAUACUGCUCGCUGCCAUGCUACAAGACCCACAAAGAGACGCCAUGCGAGAAGGCGCAACUCAAGACCGAGUCCCUCCCGCAAGCCCCAAACCGCGAGUAUGAGGAAGACCAGCUGAUAUCUGAAGAUCGUCUGAAGGCACUGGCUUUGUCACCAAACAUUAAGAAGCUGCUUGGCGAUCCUCAGCUCCGCAGAAUCUUGAGCGAGGUCAACGCCAGCACCAAGGUCGAUCCUCUGCUUGAUCAUCUCCUGACAGAGUCGCCUCUGUUCAGGGAGUUUGCUGCCGAGGCCGUCAAGUGCGUCGGGUCAUCGACCCCGAGCAAGCCGCAGGCGUAGAUCGGUCUUAGUCUCAGUCCCAGUCUCAGUCUC